AUGUUCUGCGCGGGGUGCAAGGGGAAACUGGAUGUGGGCAAAGACUCAUUGAAGUGCAAUGCCUGUGAGUCCUACUACUGUCUGGAGUGCUUGAAUUUGGGUGCGGGAAAAAAAGUGAGUGAUCUUGGUUCCGAACAAUUGUCUGCAUUGAGAUGCCCUUCCUGCACGAAUGUAUCCCGUAGGAGACGUGGGAAUGAAUCGCCGGGUAUCCUCUCGCCCUCCAUUAGUAAGCACUCCCCGACUGCAAGAAAUGUCUUGACAAUCGAAAGCAUUAGCGAACUCUUAGACCAAAAAUUAGCACCGACCUCGGACGCAAUGAAGAACUCACGUAGUAUUUUAAUAAAAGAAGUCAAGGGCUUAAUUACCGCAGAAAUGGGCAAGAUGGUCAACGAACUGAAAGAAGAGUUCACUAAAACAACGGACUUCAUUAUGGAGGAGGUGAAGAGUUUAAAAUCCACCAUCGCUCAGAAGGACACCGUAAUUAAAUCAUUGCAGAGCGAGCAAACGGUGCUUAAGGACGAAUUACACAAAAUCCGGAGCCGUGUCUCUGUAAUGGAGAAAUUGUCGCGUGACCGCAACGUCGAGCUCCAGGCUGUUCCCGAGAACCGAAACGAAAACGUUGUCUCAAUGGUCAAAUCCUUAUGUGAAGCCAUCGAACUACCUAUCUCGGACUCCGACAUACAUGCGUGCCGCCGAGUUGCAAAAAUGGAUACAACAUCAAAACGGCCACGAAAUAUUGUGGUCACUUUGACAUCUCCACGCCUUCGUGAUAGUCUGAUCUCGGCCGUGCACCGCUAUAAUAAGGAGCAUAGCGACAAAAAGUUGAACACCAACCAUAUUGGUAUAAAGGAUGUAUGUCACCAAGUAUACGUCUCUGAACACCUGUCACCGGAAUGUAAACAAUUAUAUGCUGCGGCCAGGCGGUUGGCUAAAGACAAAGGUUAUACCUACUGCUGGGUAAAGUACGGUCAGAUCUAUCUGCGCAAGAGUGAUGAAGCUGGUGCUAUACUAGUGAAAUCUAUUGAUUUUUUAAACACAUUAAAAUAA